UUUGUUUCUUGUGCUGCCCACAUUUUGAGUUCCAAAAACAAAUCUGAAUACAAAUACUAAGCAUUGUGUGGAAUUCUACUUGUUUACUCCUCCAGCCUUCGGAGCCCCUUCCAUCUCUCUGUUUGUGUAUUGUUUCGUGUGAUUUGAAGUUUGUUUGUUUGUGUUUGAGUGAAUGAGUGAGUGUGUGUGUGAGUUUGGUGUAGUUUUGAUCGGUGAUAGUUUUGUUCGAGUGGGAUUUUUUGUUGAUCGAUUGUGGGUUGAGUGGAGGGGAGAAGUAAAGGGAAAUGGGAAACGAAGAGGAGACAUGGGUUGUGAUGAAGACGGCCAGAGCGCCCAGCAACAUUGCGGUGAUCAAGUAUUGGGGCAAGCGCGAUGAGAAGCUCAUCUUGCCUAUUAAUUCCAGUAUCAGUGUGACGCUGGAUCCCGAGCAUCUGUCUGCCACUACUACCGUUGCUGCCAGUCCUGCGUUUGAGAAGGACCGUCUCUGGCUCAAUGGCAAGGAAGUUUCAGUGGAAGGAGUGAGGUACAAAAACUGUUUGAGAGAGAUGCGGGCACGCGCCACAGACGUGGUGAUUGAAUCGAGUGGAAAGGUCAUUCGUAAAGAAGAUUGGAACUCUCUUCACAUCCACAUUGCUUCCGAAAACAACUUCCCUACUGCGGCGGGUUUGGCCUCUUCAGCUGCCGGGUUUGCUUGCUUAGUUUAUGCUCUUGCUCAACUGAUGGGAGUACAGGAGAAAUACGAAGGAGAGCUCACUGCAAUUGCACGGCUUGGAUCCGGAAGUGCUUGUCGCAGCCUUUACGGUGGAUUCGUCGAAUGGAAAAUGGGUCAGGAAAUAGAUGGGACGGACAGCAUUGCGGUGCAGCUCGCGGAGGAAUCACAUUGGAAAGAUCUCGUCAUUAUCAUUGCGGUGGUGAGUUCACGUCAAAAGGAGACAAGUAGUACUUCUGGAAUGCAGGAAAGUGUCAAGACCAGUCCACUUCUUAAGUAUCGAGCUGAGGAGGUGGUGCCAAAACGCAUUGUGCAGAUGGAGAAAGCCAUCAAAUCCAUGAACUUCACAGAGUUUGCAAAGAUAACCUGCGCAGAUAGCAACCAGUUUCAUGCAACCUGCCUGGACACGUCCCCUCCAAUUUUCUAUCUAAACGACACUUCUCGAAAACUCAUAGGGUUAGUAGAGCGAUGGAAUCGUCACGCAGGAGAACCACAGGUUGCCUACACGUUUGAUGCUGGUCCGAAUGCGGUAAUGUUUGCCAAGAACAAAGAAGUUGCAGCGCAGCUGCUUCAGCGCCUUCUGUACCAGUUCCCUCCAUCCGCGGAUACUGAUAUUUCCAGAUAUGUUCACGGCGAUCAAAGUAUUUUGGAGUCUGCUGGCGUGAAUUCCUUGAAGGACAUCGACUCCCUUUCUGCGCCAGCUGAGGUGGCUGGCAUUCCCAAUUUGCAGAGGAUACCUGGAGAGGUUGACUAUCUCAUAUGCACUAAUGUUGGGAAAGGUGCAUAUGUAUUGGGCGAGCAGGGUGCAAACCUGAUAGACCCUGUUUCUGGUCUUCUGAAAAAGUAAUAGCAUUUAGUAUCAGGUGCUAAUUUGUUCUGGAUCAAGCUCGCUCCAUCAUGCUAAUUCAUUGGUUACUGCCACCAAAAUGAGUUCUAUCCUUUUGUCGCACGUUGUAGAAUUCAAUCUGUGAUUUCAUUUCCAGAGGAAUUUAGAAGUGAAAAAUAUUCUGGUUCACAACCUUCAGUCCAAAUUUUGGCUUGUGAGGCAGAGAAAUCGGAGUGUUUCUAGACAUCUAACACUUGGACAUAUGUCGCCUGGAUACCAUAUGUAAGCUAAGAUUAUGAAUCCUUUUAAGGUA